AUGCGCCUGCUUUUGCUUAUUUUUGCCCUAACCUCCCUGGCGUCGGCCGCCAAGGUGGCACUCUUCAUUUUGGAAUUCUCGAAUAGUCAGAUUUUGUUCAACAAGAGAGUGGCGCAGACAUUGGCAGAGGGAGGGCAUGAUGUCACCCUCAUUAACAUAAAUCCGUACAAAGGAGGGUUGCGGAAGACUAUCGACAAGGAUUCGAGCAUUAAAGAAUUCAACGUCGAUGCCUCCGGCAACGUGACGCAAGAUGACAUGGAUGAAAUGACGUCCCAUAUGACGUUCCGGGACUUCUCCUUCUUCGACGCGAAGGGCAGGGAGGCGAUGAGCUUCUGGGGGAAGAUCAUGGGCGAAUCGUGUGAAGGCACCAUCCGGAACCAAGAACUCGUCCCGUUCCUGAAAGCGGAAAAGUUUGACGUCGUCUUCACGCACGCGUACGACUACUGCCCGCUGGGCAUCAUCCACAUGGCUGGGAUCAAAUCCUGGGUUUGGCUCGUCUCCGGCGACCUGCGAGCGAAUAUCGGGGCCUCGGUGGGCGUACCCUACUUUUCCAGCUUCAUUCCACCUGGCGUCAUGGACUCUGGAAAUCGGAUGACGUUCACGCAGCGGGUGAAGAGUCUCAUCGGGAACACCCUCGGAUUUGCCCUACAUCCAUGGAUGAUCCCGAACCCUCAAACUGCCCUCUUCCGCAAACACAUCCGCCCCGAUUUCCCGGAUCUCCACCUCGACAUCGCCCCGACGUGCCCUCUGGUGAUGGUGAACACGAACGAGCUGUACGCCCAAGCAACGCCCACCCUGCAUAAGGUCGUCAACAUUGGCGGACUUGGGAUGCAGUUUAAGGACGCGAAGGCGUUGCCUGAGGAGUACGAGAAGCUACUUUCGAAUACGAAGGGACUUUUCAUCAUGUCGUUCGGCUCGGUGGCAAACUCGACAAUGAUGCCGCAGAGUUGGAAGGAAUCCCUGAUGACCGCCUUUGGAAAAUUCCCCGACUACCAAUUCGUGAUGAGGUACACCGGCUCGGAUAUUGACGGGAUUAAGCCGAAAAAUGUGAAGCUGACGAAGUGGAUACCGCAGGCCGAUCUUUUGAAGCACAAAAAGACGGUCGGGUUCAUCACACACGGUGGAUAUAACAGCUAUCAGGAAACAAUCCUCGCCGGAAAACCCAUGAUCGCCAUCCCACUCUUCGGAGAUCAACUCAAAAAUGCGCGCACGGCCGAGCAGCUCGGCCUGGCCAUCGUCCUCAACAAGUUGACGCUCAGCGCCCCUGACCAUCUUGUCGAAGCCAUUCAGAAGCUCAUCGAUGAUAAGCAACUUGCCGCCACCGCCGAAAAACUCUCCAAAAUGGCCGCCAAAAAGCCGAUAAAGCCCGAGGAGUUGCUGAACAAGUGGACGACGUUUUUGGCCGAGUUCAAGACGAUCGACCAACUCGUGCCGGAAAGUGUGAACCUCAACUUCAUACAGCUCUAUCAACUCGAUGUCCUGGCUUUGCUUGGCUCGGUUCUCUUCAUCGUCACCUACCUCGUCUACCGGCUGACGCGUUGCGUCGUGCGUUGCGUGUGCUGUCGCGGCGCCGCCAAGCAAAAGUCCGAA